GAGAAAACUGUCAAUGGUAAUCACCACAAGCUAAUUUUGAGAGAGAGGAGAUCGAUAUGGCGCUGAGAGAGUUAAAAGUCUGUCUCCUGGGGGAUACUGGUGUUGGAAAGUCAAGUAUUGUUUGGAGAUUUGUGGAGGACAGCUUUGACCCAAAUAUCAACCCAACAAUUGGGGCAUCCUUCAUGACCAAGACAGUGCAAUACCAAAAUGAACUCCACAAGUUCCUGAUCUGGGACACGGCAGGGCAAGAGCGGUUUCGUGCUCUGGCACCAAUGUACUACAGAGGCUCAGCAGCAGCCAUCAUUGUUUAUGACAUCACAAAAGAGGAAUCUUUCCAAACACUGAAGAACUGGGUGAAGGAGCUACGCCAGCAUGGCCCUCCUAAUAUAGUGGUCGCCAUCGCUGGCAACAAAUGUGACUUGUUGGAUGCCAGGGAAGUGCCAGAGAAGGAUGCCAAGGACUAUGCUGACUCCAUCCAUGCCAUCUUUGUAGAAACCAGCGCCAAGAAUGCCAUUAACAUCAACGAGGUGUUUAUAGAGAUAAGUAGGCGCAUCCCUGUUGUAGACGCAGCAGGAGGGAUCUCAGGAAGAGGCUUCAAACUAGGACGUCAGGCCUCAGAGUCUCGCAGGAUGUGCUGCUGAUGAUGCCUGAGACUGUCCCCACAUGACAUGUGACCUGACCUGUGCUCAGCCUCUGUGGCCCCGACAGACACAGCUCUGGUUCAUCUGACAGUUCUACAUUUUCUCGAACACCCUGCUGUUAUCAACACCUGGGAGCAGCAGAUUCACUCUUGACAAUUGUAGCAAAUGCAUUUUUACAACACUCAGCAACAACAACAAAUCACCAUGUAUCAUCUGACAUUUGUUAGCAGGAGAAAUACUUCUAGUUUACUGAGCAAAGACAAAAUUCUUUCCAUUAAUACAUGUCUGUGUCAGACCCCAUACAGGCAGGUUUUCUGGCUUCUAUAAUGGACAUCAGUCUCUGAUUGAUCAGAGGCAGCUACAAAUUUUUGAUUCAGAAGUUGUACUAUCUGAAAAUGGUUAAAUCUCACCAGAUUAUUUUGGUAGUACUUAAGUUAUUGCUUAUGUUUUUGGGAGACCUUUCCUUAGACAUUCUUAACUUUUUGAAGGAUCAAUCUUUAUAAUUAAUGUGUGUAAUCACAUCACACAAAACACUGAAGAAAGAAACUGUUAGUCAUCAGUGUUUAGACCAACUUUUCAUCUCAAGGUUUGCUUGAUGGAUAUUUGGAAAGUGUUGGCUGUCACUCAAGAAGUACUAUGCAUGCUUAAUUUUAUCUUUAGUGUGUGAUUGAUGCUUUCAUUAAGGUUAAAUACAAAAAUAGGUGUUUUGAUGUAAGUCAUAAUCACACAGUCAAAUAUGCAGAAAUGAAAGGUGUGUGGGAGCCUGACUCCUUUACACUAAGCUUCAACAUUUUACGAAGUACGCGUAUUUGCGAUCUUGCCUUGAGAUGAGAAGAUUGAUACCUCUCUCCUAUCUUUACAGUAAAUAUGUAGUUGGAGACGGCAGCUGGUUUGCAUAGUUUAACAUAAAGAACGAGCCAGGCUUGCGGUUAAUUGUCUUUAUGCUAAGCUAAGAUAACCAUCUGCUGGUUGUUGCCUCCUAUUUACUAUAAAUACGAGCAUGGUUUUAUUCUUUGCAUCCAACUCUCCACAAGAAAACAAAUAUUUCCCAAACUAUUUCUUAACUUCUCUCUUUAGCUUGAAGGAUAUUUUGAUUGCCAUUUGCUCUAAAUAAUAAGAAUGUGAUAAGGAGAGCCUCCCAGUCUACACUCCCCUGUGGCAGUGCUUUAAUCCAACUUUGUUGAUAGUCCUGAAGUUGAUUAUAUGGUAACGGUUCCAGUUGCCCGCAUGUAUUCCACAUUUCCAUUUGUAAUUGUUGAAGAACUAUGAACAUAAUCCUGUAUAUAAAGUACCACAUAGUACACAAAGAAUUGUGCCAGGAUUUUCCCCAAUAUUAAAUGAGCUUUAUUUUUUCUCUAAUCUUUUUUUUGACCGUUCACGGGUGAGCACAUCUGUCUUCAAGCCUUUGCUUUUACUUAACAAAGGUUUACAGUGGAGGCUGAUUUUUGUGAGUGCUUGCCAAAUUCUUUAAGUUCUAAAUUUUUUCACAUACUUUUAGCACUGGGUCAAACAUCCAAAGUCAUUGUACUACCUGACCUGUGAUGAAAACACUGAGGUCUGGGGACAAACCAGACUGUUUAGAGGAAAGUCAGAUUUGGGAGCUUCAGUCUCCCCUUAGCAGAAGGUUAUAGGAGAAGAAGUAGAAAUGGCACUGCAUUGACAUACUGACCCUUCAUUGAACUGUAGUCUCCAUUCUGCUCUGAAUUAUUUGCUUUGUUUCAAGGUCUAUUACCUGACU